AUGAGCAGCGGCGUCUGCAUCGCCGAGCGACAGGAGGAACGGCUGGGUGAACGUACGCCGUCGUCAAAAGAGAUCAAAGUCCUAUCCGAAACUGGAUUUGAUCAGGUGUCCGACAUGGGAGCACCGGACGACGUGCCGGAGCACGAGCGAGCAUACCAGAGCGAAGCCGAGACAGUUGAAGACAAGGUUGCAGAGGUCAAGCGCGACGACGACGACGGCGUCGACUGGGUGCUGUUGUCCCGAAAGCGCCGCAUGAUCGAACGCGCGCUCGCCGACGGCAGCACGGUGGGCCUGAAGAUGGCUGCUGUGGAGGAACGGGGCCUGAUCUGCGACGACUACCGGCGUCUCGUCUGGCCUCGCAUCGGUGGCGUCAACGUGUAUGAGACUUCACCCCGACCGUCGCUCGCCGAGAUCGAACAGCAUGCCUACUACUCGCAAGUGGUUCUCGACGUCAAGCGCUCGCUCAAGCGCUUUCCGCCUAGUAUAGCGGAAGCGCAGCGCAUAGCACUCCAGGACCGACUCGUGUUUAUGAUCAUGCGCGUUCUGAUGAAAAACCCUGAACUGCACUACUACCAAGGCUACCACGACAUCUGCGUCACCAUCCUGCUGGUUCUGGGCGAGGAAGUGGGUUUCCUCUUGGUCGAUCGUCUCUCGUGCACGAAUCUGCGCCGUUUUAUGGACAAGACAAUGGCACGCACAGCAGACAUGCUCGAGCACAUCUACCCUAUUCUUGGUCACGAAUGCCCCGAACUUCGGGACUUUCUGGACCGGGCUCAGGUUGGAAUUAUGUUCUGCCUCAGUUGGGUAAUCACAUGGUUCGGCCACGUGCUCGCUGACUACGACACCGUGGUGCGACUCUUUGAUCUGUUCCUGUCCAGUCACCCCUGGAUGCCCAUCUACCUCUCAGCCGCAGUCGUUCUGUACGCCCGCGACGAGAUUCUAGCACUGGACUGCGACUUAGCGCCUGUUCACAGCUAUCUGUCGCGUCUAGUGGAAGGCGACCUACCUUUUGAGAAACUCAUCGUCCAGGCCCGACAGCUGCUCGAAGAGCACCCGCCAUCGGAGCUGCAAGCAGAGUUGGCUAGCACCAGACAGCGCGACGAACAUGUGCGACCCGUCGCAACCGUACGAAACCGCGGAAGGCUGUGGCGCUGUGCGCGCUUUGCAGGUGCGCUGGUCGCUGCCACCGGCACCUGGAAGGGAGCACUGACAAUUGCUGCUGUGCUCUUCGCGGUGUGGUAUCAAGCCUACCGGAAGAAUGCUGUGGCCUGGUUCUGAAGCCAGCGCAUGUGUUUGUUCUAGUGUUAUUGUUCGCACCACAUCGAGAAUGUUGUGGUGGGCUUAGUUCGUUGUACAUUACCGUCUGAGAAAUCCGUGUAUAUUAGUUCCUGCCCUACUGUGUCAACCAUGCUCACCAGUGCUAAAUACUGAUCCCCUGACUGUUCCCUUCCUGCCGUUACUGAGGCUUCUGUUCAGUAGCUGUUGAAGUGCCUGAAAUGUGUUUGAAAGACGUCACAAGUGUGGCUGGCAUGUUCCUGGCUUGUGUUCUGCAUGUAGGGCCUGCAAAAGAACUAUUUCUUAGUGCACAAACCAGCAUUUUUUAACUGCGAUGCCGCUCAGUAAUUUCACUAUGCCCAAUGUGAAUAUGUAGUGCUCAUUCCAAUGUCUGUCUGGCGACGUGUCUGAGAACGACAUUGUUUUUUACUUUCAAUGAUUAUUUGUUACUAAAUAUGCUGAGUAAAUCCCUUAGGCAAUGUCAUUUACAUUCUAAGCUAGCUUAUAGUUUUACAUAUUCUAGAGCAUCAUAGAAAGACAACACUGUUGAAUAAUGAGUAAAUAUUUCUUUAAUUCUGUACAUUUUCACAGCCAAGCUGUGCGGCAAAAGCCACGAAAAGUGUGCUGUUGGUAUUGCAUCAAAAAUAAAGUUUUGUUUCAGACUGCCGA